ACCACAGGGUUUGGUGCCUUUUGGACAUGCCUACAACAUGUGGGUUUCCUAACUGUAAGUUUCGUUCGCGCUACAAAGGCUCUGACGACCCGCGGCACUUCUACCGUGUCCCCAAGAAGCCGGCCGUGCUGCGUGAGAAGUGGCUGGAGGCCAUCGGUAGAACUGAGGAGACACUUGUGUCCCAGCUCCGAGUGUGCAGCGCCCACUUCUGUGGUGGAGAGAAGCGUGAGGGUGACAUUCCCGUCGCCGAUCCUGCAGUGGACCCCCCACAGUGCAUCCGCCUCCCAACGCCCCCCACCAAGUCCUCGGACAAGGUUCGAAAGAGCAAGAAACAGCGAGUAACCGAUAGGACUGCUGGAAACACACGUACAACAGCUACAAUGAACGGACCCAGACACCCUCGCCCACUGGUGGCUCUCCUGGACGGACGGGACUGCUCCGUGGAGAUGCCCAUCCUCAAAGACGUGGCGACCGUUGCCUUCUGUGACGCUCAGUCCACCACAGAGAUCCACGAGAAGGUCUUGAACGAAGCUUUUGGCGCCAUGAUGUACCACACGAUCACACUGACCCGAGAAGACCUGGAGAAGUUCAAAGCGCUCCGCGUUAUCGUCCGGAUUGGAGCCGGUUACGACAACGUGGACGUCAAAGCGGCUGGAGAGCUAGGUGUGGCAGUGUGUAAUGUGCCAGCAUACGGUGUGGAGGAGGUUGCGGACAGCGCGGUGUGUCACAUCCUGAACCUGUACCGGCGCAUCUUCUGGCUGGCGGAGAUGCUAAAGGAGGGGAAGAAGAUAUCGGGGUGCGAGCAGGUCCGGGACGCCGCGCAGGGCGCCGCCAGGAUCCGCGGAGAGACGCUAGGGAUCAUCGGGCUCGGUCGUAUUGGAAUCGCUGUCUCCCAGAGGGCCAAGGCUUUUGGGUUCAACCUCCGAGUGUGCAGCGCCCACUUCUGUGGUGGAGAGAAGCGAGAGGGUGACAUUCCCGUCGCCGAUCCUGCAGUGGACCCCCCACAGUGCAUCCGCCUCCCAACGCCCCCCACCAAGUCCUCGGACAAGGUUCGAAAGAGCAAGAAACAGCGAGUAACCGAUAGGACUGCUGGAAACACACGUACAACAGCUACAAUGAACGGACCGAGACACCCUCGCCCACUGGUGGCUCUCCUGGACGGACGGGACUGCUCCGUGGAGAUGCCCAUCCUCAAAGACGUGGCUACAGUUGCCUUCUGUGACGCUCAGUCCACCACAGAGAUCCAUGAGAAGGUCUUGAACGAAGCUUUUGGCGCCAUGAUGUACCACACGAUCACACUGACUCGAGAAGAUCUGGAGAAGUUCAAAGCGCUCCGCGUUAUCGUCCGGAUUGGAGCCGGUUACGACAACGUGGACGUCAAAGCGGCUGGAGAACUAGGUGUGGCAGUGUGUAACGUGCCAGCGUACGGUGUGGAGGAGGUUGCGGACAGCGCGGUGUGUCACAUCCUGAACCUGUACCGGCGCAUCUUCUGGCUGGCGGAGAUGCUGAAGGAGGGGAAGAAGAUAUCGGGUUGCGAGCAGGUCCGGGACGCCGCGCAGGGCGCCGCCAGGAUCCGCGGAGAGACGCUAGGGAUCAUCGGGCUCGGUCGUAUUGGAAUCGCUGUCUCCCAGAGGGCCAAGUCUUUUGGGUUCAACGUGAUUUUCUACGACCCAUACCUGCCAGACGGCAUCGAGAAGGCCCUGGGCCUGACCCGAGUCUACACGCUGCAGGACCUGCUGUACCAGAGCGACUGUGUCACGCUGCACUGCUCCCUCAACGAGCACAACCACCACCUCAUCAACGAGUUCACCAUCAAACAGAUGCGCCAGGGUGCCUUCCUUGUCAACACAGCGCGCGGCGGGUUGGUGGACGAAAACGCCCUCGCGGCGGCGCUGAAGGACGGGCGGUUGCGGGGGGCGGCGCUCGACGUGCACGAAAACGAGCCGUUCACCUGGAGGGAAGGCCCGCUGUCGGACGCCCCCAACCUGAUCUGCACGCCGCACUCUGCAUUCUACAGCGACCAGAGCAUACAGGAGAUGAGGGAAACGGCGGCGGGAGAGAUCCGGCGCGCCAUCACCGGCCGGAUCCCAGACAGCCUCCGCAACUGCGUCAACAAGGAGUACUUCAUGACGCCCGGGGCGCAGCAGUGGCCGCCCGAGGCCCACCCGCCCGAGGUCAACGGCGCCAGUUUCCGAGGAUACCCCCAGCCCAUCCCCGUGUCCAUCCCCCCGCCGGCGCCCCCCGCAGAGACAGUUGUCCCCCACUCCACAGCACCCCCUCCCGCCCACUCCCCCCACGUCCCCAGCCCCGCCGCCACCGCCCACAGCCUCCAGAAGGCGGAGGAGGCCAGCUAGUUAAGCCCCCAGAACGUCUCUCUCCUUCCACAAGGUCUAAACAGAACUUUAUAUCCAUCGGUCAGAGAUUGGGGCAGCAGAUGCAAAAGUGCAGAUGUUAUGGACCCUUUGUAUAACAGCCAUUCAAACAGGCGGGUGAAACAGAACUGGAGAUGGUCUUUACUGUUUGAGUACAAUCCACUGGUGAACUUCCAACCGUCUCAGAGGAACAGGACAAACUUCUACCCUUUCGGCGGCGACAUCUUUCUUGUCGCGGCCAUUUGUCAGUGACUUUCAUCUCCGUAACAUUUUUUCUAGAGUAUUUCAGACAAUGGACGUCUGUCAGUGACAUAGAUUAGGUAGUAAAGACUAUUUUCUCACCUCUUUAGGUAGAUUGUCUAUGCUGUGCAACUACGGUAGUUUGUGAUAUCUGUAAGUACAUGCAGCCACCGAUCCAAUCAACAGGGGAAUAACAGUGAAUUUGCUAGUCACAAUCGUAACUAUUAAGUGUCAAACAUAGCAGUGACGGUCAUCGUGUGCCAUGUAAAUACAGACAUAUUUUUUCGGUGCAGAUCUGGUCUUUGUCUACAUCAUGUAUUACUCAUUUUCAGCUCUCCUUUGAGCCUGCUCAUCCUUAACUGUACAGUGGUCUAGUCAAGUGUAAGAUUAUAAAUAGUCAGGGUUGGUCAUCAAGUAGGAAUACUUAUAAAGUUGGGUUCUCCUCACACAUCUUUUGAUACCUCGUGGAAUUAAUUAGCUUGUUCUGGAGUUAAAGGUUUUAGAUUAUAUUGGGAGAAGAGCUAGCUGUUUCUCUUUACACGUGCCUCAGACUGUAGUCUUUAGUUUUGAAGGAUGUUGUUAUUAUUGUCAGCCAAGGCCAUACAAAUUACCAUUCACACUCUUGGGUGUAGGAGUUAGAUGAAAUAGAGAAGGAUAUUUAGUGAGGAAGUGCAUUGACAUUGACUUACUUGUCAUAUUUUGUCGCAAGAAUAAAGGAGUUACGUUGGCAUGGCAUAAGUGUGGUAAGGUUGUGAUGCUAUUUAAGAAACUUGUGCUGUUAAAUCUCAGAAUCAAGCCCUUAAGGUGGUGAAGCCGUGCAUAUGAAUAACUAUUUGGUAGCAGUGGACUGGCCUGAUUCGGGGACUUCUAAAUCAAAUGCCUUUAACAAAUAGAACGCUAAAGUUGCCAUAGUGCAGGGAAACCUAGCAGAGGACAUAAAUGCACAUAAAUUGGCCUAGCCAAGAAUUACAAAUACGUAGCAUAGACUAAGCUUUGUGUCGCCUAACAGCUGUAUUCUCCAUGUAUCGUAUGUUACAUUUCAGUGUUUGCACAAUUAAGUAUUUUUGGUCAGUAGAUUGUUUCAGUGUAUUUGCUAACCAAGGCCAUGCUCCCUGCUGUUUAUAUUCAGUUUUGUUUAACUGCAAUAGCUAUUCAAUUAACCACACUACAUUUUGUUUUCCACAUAUCAUUAAUCAGAUUUAUGUUCUAACAUUAUUGUUAAGUUGACUGAACAAAAACUACUUAUGCAAGGAAUAUAUAAUUCCAAAUGGAAGGAAAGAAUAGUCUAUAGGCUCUAGCAGCUUUUUUGUAUCCAUCCUUUGCUUGAAAGUAUCUUAGUUUUUGUUGAUAGCUGAUUAACUUGAGUUAGCAAUGUACUUAAAAGUUAUUAGUAUUUGGUUAAUUCAUCUGUUAAUUAUAUGCAAGCAUUACCUGUUGGUUUGGGGACACUGCAAGGGUCCAAGGCAAGCUUGUUACAUUCAGGAAGUCUACAAUGAAAUUUUGCUUUACAAUAA